AUGGGUUCGUAUCUCUCAAGUCCGGUCAAGGACAAGGAGUCGCAUGAUGGAUCUGGCAUUGGUGGGAUCAAGUAUGGCCUGUCUGCUAUGCAGGGAUGGCGGACAAAUAUGGAAGAUGCGCACAUUGCUUGCGGAAACGUAGGCAAACAAAAUCCACUUGGUAUAUUUGGUGUUUUUGACGGACAUGGAGGGAGGGAAGUAGCUCAAUUCGUGUCAAAACAUUUUCAAACUGAGUUUGAAGGGAUCGUAUCAAACCAACAAGGGAAAGUGGAACCAAGUCUCCCGAUCGCCUUUCAUCGAAUGGACGCCAUGCUGAGAGAACAGAAGUAUGCUGCGGAGUUGAUCUCGCUCUCUUCAUCUCCUAAGUCGAGCCAACCUGAUUCGCCCACCUCCACGAAGAAAGGAAAGCUCACACAGAAAGAAGCCAUGGAAUUGAUGGUCAAAAUGAUGGCUUUGCAGCGAAUGGAAAAAAAUGCUUUGGCCAGCUCACAAGCAGUUCAGCAAGGCACCGAGGGCUCGAACAAAUUGAACGGUUGUUCAGAGGAAGCGACGUGUGCUGGAUGUACAGCCAAUGUCGUCGUCCUGACCGCAAAAGAGAUUUUUGUAGCCAAUGCAGGAGACUCGAGGAGUGUGUUGUGUCGCAAAGGCCAGGCUGUACCUCUGUCGGAAGACCACAAGCCAAACAAUCCCAAAGAGAGAUCUCGCAUUACAAGUGCUGGAGGUUGGGUCUCGGAAGCCGCGAAUGGGCAUUUUCGGGUGAAUGGAAACUUGAAUCUUUCUCGGUCUAUCGGAGAUCUGAAGUAUAAGAGUGACUCCAAACUUCCCCCAUCCAAACAAGUCAUCACUGCAGAGCCAGACGUAAGGAGAAUUCCUCGCACAGAAGAAGACGAAUUUAUCAUCACUGCAUGUGAUGGCGUGUGGGACUGCAUGUCCAAUCAGCAACUCGUUGACUUUGUGAGGGCUCGACUAAAGUCGAAUCAAGUCAUUUCGAAAAUUUGCGAAGAUAUCUUUGAAAAGUGCAUCUCCGUGGAUCCAAAGCAAACACAAGGCAUCGGCGGUGACAACAUGACGUGCAUUAUGUGA